CCCCCCACCCCCCCACCCCCGGCUUCGGACCUUAGAUUGCUGCAGCCCGAGCCUUCCCUGGGCUCAGCUCUUUAGGGCUGCCCAUCCCUCGGGCUGCGAGAAAGGACGCGCGCCCUGCGUUGGGCGAAGAAAAGAAGAAAAACUUGUCGGAGGGGUUUCGCCAGCCCACAGUAACCCCCUUCCCGCAAACCCACAGCUCCCGCGGGGGCCGUCCCAACACUGGGGAAAGUUCCUUCUGAGCCGAAGCCCUCUUGGAUUUGCAGAAGGCAGCCGCGCCGGCUGUGGAAUUAGAUCUGUUUUGAACCCAGUGGAGCGUACCGCGGGGGCUCGGAAGUGCCUGUCUGCGGGCACCCGGGUGGCGCUGCCCGUGCGGAACCGAGAGUUCGCGAGCCCCGGCUGCAAGUGGCCUUCCCUCCCCGCAGUUGUCCUGUGUCUGGGUGCUGUGGCAAGUUGCGAAGAGAGACCCGGAGGUCCGGAGAGAACUGCACUCCCCUCGCCCUCCUCCCUUGCUCCUCUUCCCAGCUCCUGAGUGUGAAAUCCCAUCGAGAUUUUACAAAGGCCUCCAGGUUCCGCGGAGGCCGGUCCGCAGAGCUCUAACCCCGUCGUCCCGGUCGCCCCCGUCCCCACCCGGAACCCCGGAGCCCAGCGCGCCUGGGAAGGACUGGCGGGGCGGGGGAGGGAGGUCGCGGCGGCGGCGGCGGCAUGGCGAGGUUCCCGAGGGCCGACCUGGCCGCUGCAGGAGUUGUGUUACUUUGCCACUUUUUAAUGGACCGGUUUCAGUUCACCGAAGGGGAGCCUGGAAACCAAAUCAAUGAUUGGCAAUAUCAAGUUGCUCAGGCCUUCCCACAAACAGAAGAGGAAGUGGAAGUGGACACACAUGCCUUCAGCCACCGGUGGAAAAGGAGCUUGGAUUCUCUCAAAGCUGUAGACUCAAACCGUGCAAGCGUGGGCCAAGACUCCCCAGAGCCCAGAGGCUUCACGGACCUGCUACUGGAUGAUGGGCAGGACAACACCACCCAGAUUGAGGAGGACACAGAUCAUAAUUACUAUAUAUCUCGGAUAUAUGGUCCAUCUGAUUCUGCCAGUCGGAGUUUGUGGGUGAACAUAGACCAAAUGGAAAAGGACAAAGUGAAGAUUCACGGAAUAUUGUCCAAUACUCAUCGGCAAGCUGCAAGAGUGAAUCUGUCCUUUGAUUUUCCAUUUUAUGGCCAUUUCCUACGUGAAAUCACUGUGGCAACUGGGGGUUUCAUAUACACCGGAGAAGUUGUACAUCGAAUGCUAACAGCCACACAGUACAUAGCACCUUUAAUGGCAAAUUUUGAUCCCAGUGUAUCCAGAAAUUCAACAGUCAGAUAUUUUGAUAAUGGCACAGCACUUGUUGUCCAGUGGGACCACGUACAUCUCCAGGAUAAUUACAACCUGGGAAGCUUCACAUUCCAGGCAACCCUCCUCAUGGAUGGACGUAUCAUCUUUGGAUACAAAGAAAUUCCCGUCUUGGUCACACAGAUAAGUUCAACCAAUCACCCAGUGAAAGUGGGGCUGUCUGAUGCAUUUGUCGUAGUCCACAGGAUCCAGCAAAUUCCCAAUGUCCGAAGAAGAACAAUUUAUGAAUACCACCGAGUAGAGCUACAAAUGUCAAAAAUUACCAAUAUUUCAGCUGUGGAGAUGACCCCAUUACCUACAUGUCUCCAGUUUAAUGGCUGUGGCCCCUGUGUAUCCUCUCAGAUUGGCUUCAACUGCAGUUGGUGUAGUAAACUUCAAAGAUGUUCCAGUGGAUUCGAUCGCCAUCGGCAGGACUGGGUGGACAGCGGAUGCCCUGAAGAGUCCAAAGAGAAGAUGUGUGAGAACACAGAGCCAAUGGAAAGUUCUUCUCAAACCACCACAACUGUACAAGCAACAACCACAAAAUUCAGGGCCUUAACGACCACCAGAAGAGCAGUGACAUCCCAGCUGCCCACCAGCCUGCCCACAGAAGAUGAUACCAAGAUAGCACUACAUCUAAAAGAUAAUGGAGCUUCUACAGAUGACAGUGCAGCCGAGAAGAAAGGGAGCACCCUUCAUGCUGGCCUCAUUGUUGGAAUUCUCAUCCUGGUCCUCAUUAUAGUAGCAGCCAUUCUCGUGACUGUCUAUAUGUAUCACCAUCCAACGUCAGCAGCCAGCAUUUUCUUUAUUGAGAGACGCCCAAGCAGAUGGCCUGCGAUGAAGUUUCGAAGAGGUUCUGGUCAUCCUGCCUAUGCGGAAGUUGAACCAGUUGGAGAGAAAGAAGGUUUCAUUGUAUCAGAGCAGUGCUAAAAUUUCUAGGACAGAACAGCACCAGUGCUGGCUUACAGGUGUUAAGACUAAAAAUUUGCCUAUACCUUUAAGAUGCACACACACACACACACACACACACACACACACACACACACACACAAAGGAUCCCUAAGCUGUUGUAGCCUGAAGGAGAUGAGAUUUCUGGACAAGCCCAGCCCAGGAAGGGUAAAAGAAAAACUAAAACAUAUGCAAGGUACCACUGACCAUCGAACAUAGAAUUCCCUAGUGGAAUGACAUUUUAUAGUUCACUCAGAACAUCUCCUGUGGACUUAACUAAAGUAUGACAAUAUCACAGUGCUAUUGGCUUAGGUGCAGGGUUGCAAAGGGAUCGAGAAAAACAAUAAUAAUAAAGCUUUAGUUCCUGAGGGAUCUCCACCUUUGGUUCAAAUAUUCUUCUCUGAUGUCUCAAAGAUGACUGAGUUCCAAAGCCUGAACCCUUUCUUCCAAAAGAGCAAUGAUGACUGUUUCAAGAUUGCUAAGAAAAACAGCUCAUGCAGGAGCAAAAAAACAAAUGUUCAAUAAGAGAUUUUCUAUUUUUCCACCAGAUGUGGCAAAAAGGAUUUUGUUCUUCUGGUCUAGAACCACUUGUUGCAACAAGUUCAUUAUUUUACAGAACGAAUAUUUUAUCUGUGGAGGAGGUUCAAACCGUGCCUCCUUUUCCUGUUAAUGAGUGUCCCUUCUAUGGGUUGUAACAGAAUUGCCAAACUCUUAGCUAAGGAUGAGGGAGAGAGAGUGGCACCUGAGGGUUUCCCUUCUGCCUCGGGAUAAAACACUUCUUUUUUUUUUUUUUUUUUAAAAAAAAAAAAAAAGGAUUCAUUGCCUCUGUUUUGCCAGCUAUGAAAUCCUAUGAAGCCACAUUUGCUCUUGGCUGAAGGAAACAAUACGGAGAGUCCCUAAUUGUUUUUGAAGCAAAAACGUUAAGGGAUUCUAAACAUACGGGGCAGGAGGGGUUCAGGUUAUUCUUUCUUUUUACUUUGCGCUACUUCAGUACUUAAGGCCCAUGUCAUUGUCGAUUCCUGUCUCAGAAGCCAUUCAAGUCAGCAUAUCCCUGACGAUAGAAAAAGAAUGAAAGAACCCUGCUGAAUCAUACAGUAAUUUUCUUUAAAGCACAUAGUAGUUACAUAAAUAUAUAUAUAAAUAUAUUUUUGUUUAUAACUAACACAAGGCAGGCUCUUGUGACUCAAAGAGUGCAUUUGUCAUCAGGACAAAACAAAUGCGAGAUGCAUUACUGCAUACUUCCAUAGAGUUGUAAAAUAAUCCUUAAUAUUAGAAUAUUUUUAUGUCACUUAGCAAAAGUGGUUCAAUCAGUUGCAGUGCCGAUCAUUUUCCUGCCUAUUUGAGCCACUCUUUCAUUUCUCUCAACCCCUUCCAUCCCUGGCUAAAUAGAGCAGAUGCAAAAUGCUCCUUAGAUGGAUCUGUCAUUUUGCCCAGUAAUCACAAUCCAGAUUUUGAAACCUCUCGGUGAAUGGGGAAAGGCCAAGGCAUUGCUUGAGGAGGAAAGUGGUUAAUACGUAUCCCAAGCUCCCAAGGUUUAAAUUCAGGUCCUAUGUGUACAAUGUCAUGGACACCUCGACCCACGAAACUGACAUCCUGUGCCAAGACGCUGUAGGGUACAGUGUUCAACAUUUGCAGAUUCAGGUAUCGAGAAGCAGAGAUGUCUUGUAAGCAGCACUUUACUAACAGCUUAGCAUCUGUACCCAGUGUCUCCAUUGAACAUCAGUCUACUAACAGAGUACCAUAUUUUAUCUUCACAGUCAGCUGAUGUAAACUACUGCUAUUUUCCAUCACAUAUAUUUUGCUUUACAUUUUUAAAUACCUGAUGAGGUUAGUCAUUUCUUCCUAACCUACUUAGUUAAUAAUUGCAAAAACAAAACAAACAAACAAAAAAAAAGACAAAAAACAAAAACAAAAAACAAAACCUGACAAGCAAUUGAAGGAUGUGAUGACAAUCUCUCUGCAGUAUCUGCAUUCAGUUUGUAUGAAAUAUCCCAACUUAUUUCUUGUGGGGUAGGUUUGGUCAGAUAGCAAUAACCAAAUGACUUGCCAACGUAACUGGUGCAACUGGUAUUCUACAAAGAUAUAAGGAACACAUAGACGAUUCCUUUUAGGAUAAGAUAACGCUUCUUCCACUAGCUUUUGUGAUAGUGAUGGCUUCCAAUAGCAGUUGAUUGACAGUUAUAGAAACCUUGUGUAUAUAUCAAACUCCUUACACAAUUCUUUGAAGUUGUCAUGUUGUCUUUAUUCCCUUCAGAGCCCAUCUUCCACUUUCAAUUAAAAGAAUUGACAAUUCUGGAAAAAACAAAUAAGACAUAAAACACUGAAUUGUUCAGUGAACUAAAGCAUCAUAUAAUAGGGGAAAGUUUUUGGAAGUGUGAGAAAACUUCCUAACGAAAGGAGAAGUUAAAGGUGGUGAGAAGUUUCUGCUGUAUAUGAAUCUUUUAGUGGUAAGGGGAAAGGCUGACUAAUCCCUUUUUUUCAUGAAAUUUUUAUUCUAUUUUAUAUUUCUGGUUUGUUCCUGGUGCCCAUUAACUGCAAAGGAGGAGCAAACAUACACAAUGUUUCUAGAAAUUCAGAAUGGACAUUGAUGCUUUGGACUUUACAUACAUCAUAUAUUAGAAGGGGUGCAUCUAUACAUUUCUUAAAUACUAUGAACAUAGUAGAGAGAGGAUGACAAUUUUAAAAGUUAAGAAUAGCAAAGGAACACACACAGACUUCUGAAGAAACCAGAUAAAUGGUGCUACAGAGAAAAUAAUAUUUGAUGAUUAGGAUGAAGUAUGAAUGUCAAGAAAAAUAAAUCCAACCAGAUGGCACUAACCACAAUGUUGGUGUGUUUAUGAAGUGUUUAGACUUUAAGAUAUACUAACAAACAGAAAACUGAAGAUCAAUAAAAUAAGUACAGUUUGCCCUCAUUAUUAUUUUACUUUCGAAUACCUAAGGCUAAUCUCUCUCACAUGGAGUUUCUAGAGUUGUGCUGUCCAGUAUCAUAUCCACCAGCCAAAUGUGGCUAUUUAAAUUUAAAUUAAUUAAAAAUAAAUUUAAAAAAAACUCAGUUCUUCAGUCACUAGUCACAUUCUGAAUGCCCAAUAGCCACCUGUGCCUUGUUGACUUCCAUAUCGGAGAAAACAGAACAUUCCCAUCAUUGCAGAAAAUUCUAUUAUACAGUGCUGUAGAGGUCUUUCCUUUUAAUUCUCUCCAUUUGAAUAAAAAGGAGGAGGAAGAAAAAGAGAAGAUUUGGUCAUUCUUGGGUGUAUCUGAGUGUUUUUGAUCUCAGAGACACAGCAUGCUAUAAUGGAAAGAAUACCAGCUGACACAGCUUUGAGUCUCCACUAUGUUAUCUUGGGAAAAUCACUUUAACUUCCAUGAGUCUCAAUUUACAAUUUUGGAAAAUAAAAAUAUUUUUGUUCUGCUUUCCUUGCAAGGUUGUUAUUACGCAGAUUGAUGCACAGAUGUACAGAUGUACAGAGUUUCAAAACUUACAUCAAUGUAACUCAUAUGAAGCACAUCCUUGGUUCAGUCUCAGCACAAAUUUGCAUCCGGAGGAAGAAAAGCAUCAAUCCUAAAAGCAUUCAAAGACAAUCAAAUCAAUACACUUCUUGAGAAAAUGCCAAAGGAAAUUGCUCAAUUUUUUCUCUAUCUUAAUAUUUUCUCUUAAUAUUUCCCCUGUCACAUCUCUCCCAACUUUGACUCCUCUGCCAUGAAAGAGGCCCUGUGAGUAUCCUGUAACUAGCACAAAUCUUUAUUCUGUAGAGUCACUUAGCCUCUCUAGUUCCUUGUGAUUUCCUAGUUUACUCUUUGUAGCAAUGAGAAGCCCAGCAGCUGACCACCAGGCUUCUCUUUAGAAGGAAAUACCUCAAAUAAAUAAUUUUAAAUAUUUGUUUUAUCCCUGUAACACAAAUAUAAGGGGCCAAUGCAUUAAAAUAUAAAAAUAUGUGGAGCUUAAUUGGAACUAUAGAAAUUAGCAAAUGCAAAUAAGAGGAUUACUAUUCUUUUAAAUUAUACUACUAUGCAGAUAAUAUAUAUUCUGAUUAGUAUAAUUUAUUAGUUUCUGAGGCAAAAAAUUCUUAAUGUUAUUACCUUUCGUGAAGAAGUAUAAAUUUUGUUAUGUACUCUUGUGUCUGUUGCCCGUUUGAGAAAAUGUUUUGCUAGAAUCCAUGCCUUGAUUCAAGAAACUUUCCUUCCAUUAUAAGAAAUGAGUUUUUAAAUAAGACUGAGAAAUAGAUCCUAUUGUCAUGGUUUCUUCCUCCUGUAACAUGUUAUUUUGCCUUGUAUUUCUGCAGGUAUUUUUCAGAUAUUUUAUUACAAUGAGCUUUACUAAUUCCCAAAGAUUUCUCUAGCUCUAACUUUCCCAUCCUAUCCUGUGUUUUGGCAUCAGCAUCCAUAGGCCAGAAUUACGGCAGGUCAUCUAACCCAAGCUUAUCGUCUUACAGAUCAAAACACUGAUGCCCAGAAAGAUAUGAUAAUUUUCCCAGUGUCAGAAUUGUGUGUUGAACUUAACACUCCUGACUGGUCAUUUCUGUUACCAUUUUUCUUGCCUUGGUCAGCAAUUAAGGCCAACCAACCAGCUUAGAGGGCUAAUUUAAUCUGUAGUAUUGACUAUUCUUAUAGAACGUGGACAAUCUUCCUCUAUCAUGUUCAUGUAUGGUACCAUCUUUAUAACAACCAGUGACUUCAGGCUCCAGCCAUUACAGUGUCUUUAUUUGGUUUUGCAUGUCCCUCACCCCUCCCUGUGGUCAUCUGUCAGCAACACUAUUUUUUCUCAUUUAAAAUUGUUCUACCUUUGUUUCGUUUCUUCCCAAAUAUAUCUGAAAACUAAGACUCUUCAUAGCCUGUUUUCUUACAACACAAUUUUUAUUUGCUUUUUAAACUGUUUGAACAUUUUUGUCCUAGGAAGGUUUUCUUGAGCAAAUAUUGUGAGGUCUGUGGCAUUACCUAUUAUAUAUUCAUAUUAUCUUGUGUUUGUAAAGCACUUUUCAUUUUGUGGAGCACUUUGACUCAUCCCUUUAUUUGUUCACUCAUCCAGCCACUCAGUUUACUUAAAUGUUUAUUGAACACCUACUGGAACCAAGUUCCUCUACUGGACCUUGUGAUAUAUAGAGAUAAAUACAAAUAGUGAGAGUUCAGGCAUGUCAACUGAUAAUUGUAAUAUGAUGGAAUCCUCAAACACAAUUUUGCAAGUGGGUCAGAUCAAUAUAACUCCAUCCAAUUCCCAAUUCCAGUAGUCUACUAUAUGUAGAUAGGGAGCUAUCAAGUAUGUUCCCGAAGACUGUUUCAGAAAUACAGUACAUCAUUGCACAUUGGUGCUGUUUGCUCUAUUUCUAAUGAUUUGCAAAUUUCAUUCGUGAGAAGAAAAGUGACUCAUCCAAAGUUGUCCCAGACCCAGGAGGACUUCCCAGGUCACUUGAACUUCUUCAGACUAGAUGUAACAGUUCUCUUUUCUUGUACCAAUAUUUUCUGAAUUUUCAACAUCAUAGUUUUAAGGUUUUCUGGAAGCACCAGUGUAUCAAAGAAGCAUUUGCACUUUAGGUGUGUAUGGUUGUUAUGUCACAAGCUUUCUCAACUUCAGCAUUAAUUCUUUGUGGGAGGGUAAGAUGGAAAUAGUUCCGUGCAUUGUAGGGCAUAUUUGGCAGCUUCCAAGCAGAACAGCUUCUGUUGACUGUAUGCCCGUAGCACUCUGUCUCUCUGUCUCUCUCUCUCAUACACACAUACACACACACACACAUGCACGCACACACAUGGACUUAUGAUAACUAAAGAUGUCUCCAAACAUUGCCAAAUGUCCUUGGAUUGGGCUUGGUAAAAGUACCAGAUAAUCUAAUGAGCAAAACAUAUGAGGGAAAAAAAAGAAAGGUUUCUCUUUUGCUGUUUACUUAAACUUUAUGAUAAAUAGGGUUUUUUUUUCUAUUUCCAAUAAGACUUGGAAUCAUAAACUGUUUGAAUUAGAAGGGACUGUAAAAGUUACUAGUUCAAUUACAACCCACCAUCAUCCUUAUCUAUUUCCCCAUCUCUCAGCUUUACAAAUUUAUUGAGAGAUCAGAAGAUUGGUUAUCUCUGGAAACUUGGAAACUGACUUUUUCAUAGCGAGAGAUAAGUCUGUUUGGUAAUUAUGCCUUGCUGCUAUAAUAGUACCUGCUGUGAUUUUAGCUUCAGUAUGGGGACUCUGGGUCAUACAACUUCAGUAUCCCAAUCUCUGCUUUCAGGAGUUUUCUUUUGGUCAUUUCACACAUCUGUAAAUCUUAGUCCUUCAUCUUUGCCUUCAAAAUAUGUAUGGAAGUUGAAGCUUGGUACAUCUAAAUUCAAGUAUAUCUGGAUGAGCUUUUUAUUUCUGAUACUCUGAUAUUUCUAUUUCUAUAUCUGAUUUUUUAUUAUCCUUCUAGAAGAAAAAAUUGACCGUCUCAAGUAAUUGAAAAUUGGAAUUUUGAGAGUCAGAAUGUUUAAAUCUGUCAAGCCAAAGUUCCUAUUGACUUGAUGUGCCUUAAGUCCGUUUUCCUGUUGGGUCAGUGAUUUCCUAUGGGUAACCGUGAGUCAAGUCAGUUGUGCUUGUGUCUAUCUGCACCAGUUAGAAAACUUGAUGGAGUUUUAACAAAGACAAUCCCUCAGGAAUAUUCCUAGAAUAACAACAAGCCCCCAACUAGAAUAGCAGGCCUCCCUUGAUUCCUUUUCUAACAGACCACCCCAGACUUUGCAAGCAUUCUUAAUCAUUUACUAAAAGUUGCUACUAUGACGACACAAUUGAAAGCCUUGAUUACUUUGUCUAAAGCUAUAAAAUAAUUGAUGAGCACGCACAGAGUGAGCUCUCUCAAGACAAUCCUAGAAACCAGAAAGCUUCAGCCCAGGAGACCCUUGAGCACACCUCUACCACGAUCCUAUCAAACAGUUUGAUGUUACAUAAUAUUUUGAUUAAGCUGAUCUUCUAAUCUCAGUCGAAAUUGGAAUGCAUCUGCUGAUUGUGACCUGACAUAACUUUUAAACCAUCCACUGCCCAUCACUAUCACAGUGAUUAUUGCAAAGAAGUAAGAUGGUAAUUUUUUUAAGAUGGUAAUUAUUCAAGUAAAAUCACAUAAUUUCUUGAAUCACUUCUCCCUGACAAGUUUAUGAAGUACAUCAUCAUUGGCUUCUCAAUAGCACGUUUAUUAUGAAUGACCAAAUUAUGUCUAGAGAAAUAAGUGCUCAAAACAUGUAAUUAUAAGUGAAUUUCCAGGUGACUGUUGACAUUAAAAGAUUCUGUUACUUCAAAUCCAGAAUAAAAGGCUGGGGGAAAAAGUAAUGUAAAUCAUAUGCUGGUCCUCAUCUUUUUCUAAUUUCUAAAAUUUACUAACAUCUGAGAAUUACUAAAAAAAAAAAAUCUCCUAAUGGAAUAAAGCAAAACAAUUUAAGUUGGCAGAUAGUGAUAUAUCUAUCUUGAUUCUGGUUGAAAAUCUCAGUGACUUCUCUCAUUCCUACUAGUGUGUUACUUUUAAAAAGAAUCUCUCUUUUCCCUAGCAUUACAAAAACUAUAUAUUCAUGACCAAAAUACCACUUAAUGAUCAUGAAACUAUAAACCUUUUGCCUAUUACACAGAUAAAUAGCAUGAAACUAAUUUUAGAAGUCUGCUAUAUGAGGACAGGUAUAAACAUAGGAACAGGUGGGUGUGUAUAUUCAUGGAAAAAAUAAAGAUUCAUAUAGACCAUCAAGCAGAAUUUUCACCUUCUUCAGAGCAAUGUACAGAUCAAUAGUAGAUGAAGAUCAGCUCACAAUUAGGUCAUUCAGACACUCAUACACUGGGGCACAAAUCCUGCAGGUUAUCCUAGGAAGCAGGUGACAUACAGAAAGUCACAAAUGUCCUCAAUCUAACUCAACUAUCAUCCACCUAUACUUCUCCCUAUGGCACAAUACGAAAGCCAUGAAGGCCCCUGCUCUAGGAAAUUGGGUUACUUAUGGUCAAGUAAGGACCAAAAAGAGGCUUUUCCAUUGAUCUUCUCUGACCCUCAAGGCAAGUGCUUUGGUUCCCCUGUACCAGAGACCAUGAGACAGCCAACCACACACAGGCAAUAAAAGUACAAUAAAAAGAAAAUAAUUUUCUUGAGGAAAAGAGAAGAAAUGAUUCUUUCAACUGCGGACCCGUUGCUGAAUCUUUGUGAGGUUUGACCAUCUCGGGACCAGAUUCAUGUACUCUUAUCAAGACAUAUGGUCAAGUUCAAGCAACUACUUGUAAGGUGAUUUGAAUAAAAACAUGCUCAGAUUGUCAUAUUUAUAGCAGAGAAAUAAAAACCCAAAUUAAGUGUCCUCUACCAGUUUACUCUGAAAAUACCAUCAAAGUGAAGUCAGAGCUUUCCUUGCUGAGAACUGUUAAAAUCAUUUUAGGGAAAUGAAUUAAGGUUCUUUAGACACAGACAUUUUGUGUACAUUAUAGCUAAAUCUCAGGGCCCUAGCUGAGAAGGAGAAAGUCUUUUCAUGGGUUGGUCAAAACAAAUCUCUCAUUUGCCUCAUUUGAGACAUUUGGACAGUGCCUGGGAAGUACAUUAUUUUCAAGGGAAAAAAAGAGACAGCCUUUUUUGCAUGCCAGCUGGGAUCAUGGGAACUUCCAAUGCCAGGAAUUUACUACUGUUUCUGGUAAUUCUGCUUGUAGUCAUCUGAAAUGUUGAAGUGUGAAAGGAGAAGUUGGGCACCCGGGGGGGCUGUCUGUGUUUUAUGCCAGUUGCACCAGUGCACAGAAUAUUUGUAAAUGCACUUCGAAGUGGGUAUAAUUGUACCCUUUGUCAGAAUCACAAAGCUCACUGUGGUGCUCCUGAAAGAGAACAUUGGGGGAAAAUCUGACCCUCUAAAGCCAGUCAACCCCAUACAAAAGGAAAGACUGUGUGGGUGAGCACAGCACAUUGCAAGAUUGUUUCUCACUGUUUUUCCAAAGUGCUGUACUCAAAUCAAGGAUGCAUCUUUCAGGUGAAGGUUAAUUUUGCAGAGGUUUUCCAAAACUUCAUUUAGUACAGGGUUUGGAAAACUGAGCACUUUAAAUUUGCUCCAGUCCUCUGGGCAUCAUUCCUAUUUCCUCUGCCCUGUCAGUGAGACAUUCUGAGCUGCAUUCUUCCACGAUCAAAUAACAUGCGCAUUCUUCAUGAUGACCUCACGCUUGACGUACCUGAACCUGCAAAUGUAAAAAAUGAUUGUACAUGAAUUUGCACUUAAUGGUGUCUGAUAGCAGAAAAGGUAUGACCUUUAUUGAAACCUACUGCUUCAAUUCAAGAAUUCAGAUGCUAUGUACUUCUGCAAGCUUCCUGAUUAUUUUCUCUGUAAGAUUAAUUAUCUGAGUUUGAAUGUAUUUCCUUACAGUUCAUUAAUUUGCCAUCUCUUUUACCUGGGGAUCGUUAUGAUUGCAAUAAUUCAUUAAAGUUUUCCUCAUGCAGCUACUUAAGCCAAGUUUUUCUGCAAUUCUGGUUCUGCCUACAGUAUGUGGGAAAUCUUCAAAAAUUUUUUUCCUAGUAAUAAUUUUGUAAGAAAGCCGGUUUAUCGACUGUGAUGGUGGCACAGUUCAUCUUAAGAAGUCUGGAAGCUGGUGGUGACCAAAUGUUAUCUGUGUUCUCUCUGUUGAUUGCUAUUUUCUGAAUUAAAUCCUGUUUUUUCACUUGCAGUUGGAGUCAACAAAUUUGGGAUUUUAGAAGGGGAAGAAGGGAACAAUUUGUGUAAUACUGCUGUCAUAUUUGACUACAUAUUAAAAACAAUAAAUGAUCAUUUUGUUUUAAUUUCUUAAA